AUGCGUCUAAAGCGGGGGAUAGAGCGUGAAUCAUGCGACUUUUGCUAUCGACGGAAGAUCAAAUGUGAUCGCGCCUCCCGUGCGACUCAGGGCCUUGUGACAUGUUCGCAGUGCGCUCUCCGCCAGGUGCAGUGUCGCCUCGAUGACUCCGAUGAUAUUCGGAUUCAGAGACGCAGGCGAACCGGAACACCAGGCAGGACCUUGGGUUCGCCAAAAUCACGCCCUAGUCAGAGACGCCAAGUCUUAAGGGGCGAACAGCAAACACCGGGUGCCAACCCUGUGGAGGACGAGAGCGACACAUCUUAUAACACGCUAGGCAGUAGCCAACCUGUUGAUUCAUUGUCACCACCGCCCCCUCCGUUCUCUGUGGAUAUUGAAUCCUCGUUUACUUCACCGGCGGAGGAGGAGAUUAAUGCUUCGAUGUCGCUCCAGGACGAGACAACAAACUUUCUCUUCCUUGAUUCUGCCUUGUGGCUUAGCGCAGAUAGUGUCUCAUUCCUCGAUCAGGUCUUCAUGAGAGAUUGCGAGUUGCCACUGGAAGACAAUCAACUGCCACUAGUAGUUGACCAGAACCAGUCGACCAGUGCGACAGAGGGUUAUGCCGACGGGCGAUCAAAGACAACACCAACAAGCGUCUCCCAAUUUGACCAUGGAAUGCUUGGGGCACCGUGGUUGAAUUCAAAUCUCGACUCGGAUUCGUUUGAGGAAGCAUUGCAUGCUUACUUUGACUUUGCUGCCCUGUGUCUACCCAUCCUUCUUGAGGAUGCAUUCUGGGAAGACUAUCGCGCUGGCAGGUGCAGCUUUGCGCUAUUAUUUGCCAUUGCCUGCCGUGGGAUACCGUUCACCAAUGUUGUAAACAAAUGGGAGGUACAGCAGCAACUUGCCCACCAGUUCAGAGAGGCAUUCUUUGAGACCCAGAAUUGGGCGACGAACCAAGGGUCAAUACGCCUUGAUGAUCUCGAAGCAUUGGCACUAAUGGUUAAUUUUGAGUAUGACAAUACGCAAAAUGCGUCGGCUCAAACUCACCUAGGACAUCUAUUUCUAACGCAUGACUCUCUGGUGUUGAUGACGCUGCAGUCUAGGAUCCAAAGUCACAGUUUUCACGCUUCCGCCUCUGCAACGGCGUUGGCGCGGGCUAAUGAACGGCGUACGUUACUAUUCUGGCAUGUAUAUGGUCUUGAUGCCUUCCACAGUCUUGAUAACAAAAGCAUAUCACGUAUCCAAGAGGAUGAUGUUGACCUGACUGAAAGUCUGCCGCGACAUGAGGCAGGAAGCUACCUCGAUGCUAUGCUCACCUUGUCGGUCAUCGCACGAAAAUCCCUGAAGACUCUUUGCGGUGCUUCGGCUAGACGAAGAGGAGUUAAAAUGGACGAUAUCCAAUAUGUCUAUCACCAACUUGAUCAUUGGCGUAACACUAGCUGCCCGCCACAUUUACAGCGACAGAGAGCAAAAGGAUCAAAUCGUGUGUUUAUGAGUGGCAAGAAGAGGGCAGGUAAACAUGCUCUACUGCAUGCUGCAGUGUUAUGGCUGCUGGAACUCAACUGCUAUAUGCAAAUUGAGAGCUGUGUCACACAGUAUGUUGGGGGCGAAAUGAUCACUUGCCGUGUUGGAUACGAGACACUCCGCGCGGUCUUCGACAUUGUUGACAUCUCGGUAUGGGCCAAGCAGGAUAAGAACCAGGACAACGAACUCGGUCAGAAAUCCCUGGUUGAUCUCGCGCCGCAGAUGGUGCGUAAUAUUUGUGCCGGGGCAUGCUUUUGGAUCUGCCUACGCGGGAAAGCUACGUUUGAUGGAGAGGUAUUGAAUGUGAUCCAGUUCCAUACAAUCCCAGGGCGAAGGAACAGGGAAGAUAUGAAUUUGAGAAAGACGACGAUGGAAAACUAUUUGAGGGCGGCGAAAUUGCUACGAGAAGCAGUAGCGACAGCAAUAUCACACAAGGACACAGAGCAGGUCCUUACACACAUAGAUAAGCCCAUCGCUUUGCUGGAAGAGGACAUUCACACGCUUAACUAA